CGCGGCUGGCCAAUGGCAGGAGCGCAGGGCGGGGCGCCGCCGCCUAUAGGGGCCGGAAGGGGCGAAGGGCCUAGGCCCGGCCCGGGCCCGUGGCGUGCCCUGGCUGCCGCACACCCAUCCCCUCCCGACCUCCCGCCGCGGCCCCACCGCCCCCCGGUGACCCUUUCUCCACUGCCGGCUCCCUCAGCGCUCCGGUGCCCUUCCCCUCAGUUCCCCGGUGAUUGCCCGCCCCGGGUUCCCUUUAGCAGCCCCAUGCUCCCUAGCUCCCUGUAGCCCGCCGCUCCGCUGCCUUUCCUCUCCGCUUCCCCUCUCCUCGGUUCCCUUGUAGCCCCCCGGUUUCCCCCUAAUACCCCACGCGCACCUCGGUUCCUCCGUAGACCCCAGUGCCCGGUCCCUGCCGCCAUGAGCGAGCUGAAAGAUUGCCCGCUGCAGUUCCACGACUUCAAAUCGGUGGACCACGUGAAGGUGUGUCCCCGGUACACGGCUGUGCUGGCCCGCUCUGAGGACGACGGCAUCGGCAUCGAGGAGCUGGACACUCUGCAGCUGGAGCUGGAGACGCUGCUCUCCUCUGCCAGCCGCCGCCUCCGUGUCCUGGAGGCUGAGACCCAGAUCCUGACGGACUGGCAAGACAAGAAGGGUGACCGGCGGUUCCUGAAGCUGAGCAAGGACCACGACGUGAGCACGUCUGUCAAACAUGGGAAGCCCAAGAAGCAGAAGCUGGAGGGCAAAGGGGGCCAUGGGACUGGGCCUGGCCCUGGACGGCCCAAGUCCAAGAACCUGCAGCCCAAGAUCCAGGAAUAUGAGUUCCAAGAUGACCCCAUUGAUGUGCCCCGCAUUCCCAAAAAUGAUGCUCCCCAACAGGUAUUCUGGGCAUCAGUGGAGCCAUACUGUGCUGAUCUUACUAACGAGGAGGUCAGAGUCCUGGAAGAGCUGCUUAAGCCACCAGACGAUGAGGCUGAGCAUUACAAGAUCCCACCCCUGGGGAAGCAUUAUUCCCAGCGCUGGGCCCAGGAGGACUUGCUGGAGGAGCAGAAGGAUGGAGCCCGGGCAGCAGCUGCUGCUGACAAAAAGAAAGGUGUCCUGGGGCCAUUGACUGAGCAGGACACCCAAAGGUGCCCCUGUCCCCACCUCCUUGACCAAAGGGGCUGUGAGCACCUGGUCCUGUGCUUCCAGGGUAAGCUGCCCUGCCUUGCUGCUCACCUUUGUGCCUGGGGUUUCUGUGCCCCUUCUUGCUUUCUCCCAGAUGUUGAUGCCCUGUUGAAGAAGUCAGAAGCCCAGCAUGAGCAGCCGGAGGAUGGCUGUCCCUUCGGACCCCUGACGCAGCGUGCACAGCCUGCCUUGGGGGAGCAAACAUCAUACUCCCCUGUUGAGGACUCUUCUAUCCCUGAGAUUGCUGGCAAGGACUCAGGAGCCGAUGGUGCCGGCACAUCUCCCCGCAGCCAGAACAAGCCCUUCAGUGUUCCUCACACAAAGUCGUUGGAGGGGCGGAUCAAGGAGGAGCUGGUGGCUCAGGGCUUGCUGGAGUCGGAGGAACGGCCAGCAGAGGACUCGGAGGACGAGGUGCUGGCAGAGCUGCGCAAGAGGCAGGCCGAGCUGAAGGCGCUCAGCGCGCACAACCGUGCCAAGAAGCACGACACUGCCAGGCUGGCCAAAGAGGAGCUGCACCGUCAGGAGCUGCGGCAGCGCGUCCGCAUGGCUGACAACGAGGUGAUGGAUGCCUUCCGCAAGAUCAUGGCUGCCCGACAGAAGAAGCGCACGCCCACCAAGAAGGAGAAAGACCAGGCCUGGAAGACCCUAAAGGAGCGGGAGAGCAUCCUUAAGCUGCUGGACGGGUAGCUGAGGAUCCCUUACUCUGCUGUGGACAGUGGUAUCUGGGGGUGGUGGCUGUGCCCCUGUCCUUCACAGGGUGCUGGCAGGGAAGGGAGUGGAGGGCCCACUCCUGCAAUGACAGGGCUUGGCUGCUGUCUCCUCUCUGCACGGAGCUGGGGCCCCUACAGCGGUGCAGGAGUCCCUCCUGGGAACGGCUUCCCCGCUCUGUGGCCAGAGGCCUUCUGCUCUUACUUCCCCUGGUUAUUCUAGGAGGGUGACAUCAGCCUGGCCGCUGCACGGGGGGUGGAUGUGGUGGCUGCUGCUGUGCAGCUCCCACGAUCUCCUGCCCCUCCCCAUGGCCCCAGAGCGGGAUCCCAGCUCCCAAAGGGAGUGGGGGGAGGGAAAAGGGGAGGGAGGGCUUGGAGGGAGCACAGCAUUGGCUCCGUGGGCAAUAAAGAGAGAGUGCAAACAA